AAUAUGGCUGAUGUGUUGUAUGAAUCAUUGUUGGAUACAUGUGUUUCAAAAGCAAUGGCUACGGUUAAGAGCAUGAAGUACGAUAACGUAAAAGCGUUGCUGGAUGAUGGAGAUGAAAAAAUUGAUAAUAUUAUUAAUGGCAUAUCAAACGUCAAAGCUUUGCCAACUGAACGUGAGAUGGUUCUAGUGCAAAACAAAUCGCUCGCUGAAUGGAAUUUAUCGCAAGAGCCUAAAAUUGAUGAAGCUAAAAAACGUUUACAAACUACUUAUAAUGAAGCUGUCAAGGUGAAAGACGAAGUAAUGGAGCUUAAGAAACAACUGGAUCUUUUAUCUGAUGAGAAGUCAUUAGACACAUCAAGUGUGCUGUUGCAAGCUGCUGCGCAGUCGGCUGAUGACGAAAGUGAAGCAAUUGCUGAUCAGUAUUUAAAUGGCGAAAUAGAAGUGGAUCAGUUUCUGAAAGUAUUUAUUGAGAAAAAAACUCUCGCUCAUAUGAGGAAGAUCAAAUCGGAAAGACUGUUAGCGAUUUUGCGACAGCAGCAGUAUGCACAACCCACUUCUAAUAGUAGUGCUACACCAUAUCCAACAACUACUGGUGCAGGGCUGUAUCCUCGAGCUCAACCGGUGCGUCAUUCGUUUUGGUCCUAA